CUCACUCUGCCCAGUUCGAUCGGCAACGGGAGCGGAAAGAGGAAAGCUGAGAGCCCGAAGGCAGUAGCCCCUACCACCGCCGGCCCAGGUUACCAUCUAGCACCGGGAAACAUAGCAGAGAGCCACCGCCGGCAGAAACCAAACAGUAGUAACCAUGAGCAGCGAGGCCGAGACACAACAACCACCCGAUGCCCCUGCCGAUGAGGAGAGCCCAUCCAGCCCGGCAGCCGAAGCUUCCGCGGCGGAUAAGAAGGUCAUCGCAACAAAAGUCUUGGGUACAGUGAAGUGGUUCAACGUCAGGAAUGGAUAUGGUUUUAUCAAUCGGAAUGAUACAAAGGAGGACGUUUUUGUACACCAGACUGCCAUCAAAAAGAACAACCCAAGGAAAUACCUUCGCAGUGUUGGAGAUGGAGAAACUGUGGAGUUUGACGUAGUUGAGGGAGAGAAGGGAGCAGAGGCGGCAAAUGUCACUGGCCCAGGAGGCAUUGCAGUCCAGGGAAGUAAGUACGCUGCCGACAGGAACCGCUACAGGCGCUAUCCCCGAAGAAGGGGCCCUCCUCGCGCUGGAGAAUACCCCGACAACUACCAGAGUGACGGAGAGGGUGAGCCACCCAACGGAGGCCGUGACAAAGGCAGUCGAGAUGGGGGAGAGAGCGCCCCUGAAGGAGAAGUGCAGCAACCGCAGCAGCGCAGACCCGCUUACCCCGGCAGACGGCGUUACCCGCCAUACUUUGGAGGCGAGGGCGACGAGAGCCAGGGAGGUCCUGACCAGGGCAACAAACCAGCGAGGCAGAGCUACUACAGAGGCUUCCGACCAAGGGGUCCCCCCCGUCCCAGACCAGUGCGGGAUGGCGAGAGACCAGUGCGGGAUGGCGAGAGACCAGUGCGGGAUGGCGAGAGACCAGUGCGGGAUGGCGAGGAGGACAAGGAGAAUCAGGGCGGCGAAGAUGGUCAGAACCAACAGCCCCGCCAGCGGCGCUACCGCCGUAACUUCAACUACCGCCGCAGACGUCCACAGACCAACGACAAACCCGGCCAGGAAACCAAGGAGGCCAAGACAGGAGGUGACCCAUCUGCAGAGAAAACGUCCGCUCCCGAGGCCCAGCAGGGUGGGGCUGAGUAGGAAACAACCUGCCCACCGGCACCUACCAUCUUUUACCAUCGUCCGGUUUUUUUGUCAACAACAAGAUGAAACAUCAAACAAGAUCUGAGCAAUAAAGAUUUGACUUGACGAUCGUCACAAGCUUGCACCAUGCAUUUGACCAGAUUACCACCGAUUGCCUGCAGAAUCUAUGCAGACUUGUUUUUUUUUUCCCAUUAUUUUUAUGUGACAGCUACAAACGUUUUGGGGAAACAGCAAAUGUUUUUCUAAAUCUGUCCUAAGUUUUUACACCAAAUGGUUUUUAAAGAAAAAAAAAUGGAAUUUGAUAACUGGUCAGUUUGACAUUUUUAAAUAACUUUUUAUGUAUUCAAACAUUUUAACAAAAUGCAAGCUCAAAUAAAAGUCCAGAAACCAGGAAAAA